AAUCGACGGCCACGAUUGGAAGAUCUACCUAGUUUGCAUUUUAAGAAAAAAAAAGGGUGAGGGUUUUUUCUAGGGUUCUUAGAUCCGAUCCAGAGGGCGCCAGUGGACGCUAGCGCGAUCCAGCUCCAAUCCCGCAAGGCGCAAGAUGGAGGAUUUUGAGAACUACCAGGGACACGAAUCACACUCUGAUCCAUCCAAGCCCUUCGACGAUGGCUACUCGGGCUACGAUCCGCGCAUUAACUCGGCCAGAUUCGACGACUCCUUCCGGAUGCCCUCUUACUCGGACGAGCAUUUCCCUCCUGUAGAGGAAUCCAAGGACGAUGUCUACGACAACCUGGGCGAUGCGUCGCCUGGAUACGAGCCCCCGAGCUUCGAGAAUGGGGUCCAUGGAGUGAGCAUGGACUCUCCCUCCAAUGCGUUUGGUGAUUCCUUUUCCGAGCACCAGGAUUUCGGUUCCAGGGGGAAUUUCUCUCCGGCCGCCAGCGAUUUGAACGGGCAGAGCUUCCCAGCUGCCGAGGAGGGCUACGAGUUUAUGGAGGCUCCGGUGUUUGGGUCUGGAAACAAUGGCUCUGUUCUUCCUCCACCCGAGGAGAUGGAACCGGAAGAAGGAUUUUUGCUCCGAGAGUGGAAGAGGCAGAACGCUGAGAAGCUGGCCGAGAAGGAACGCCUGGAGAAAGAGCGACUGACUAUGAUCAUGGACGACGCCGACGCUUACAAGGACGAGUUCCUGGCCAAGAGGCACUCCCACUGCGAAGCCCAGAAGAACAACAACCGCGACAAAGAGAAGGUUUUCCUGGCCGGCCAGGAGCACUUCCACAAGAGCGCCGACAAGCACUACUGGAAGGCAGUGUCGGAGCUCAUCCCCGCGGAGAUCCCGACAAUCGAGACCAAGCGCAACAAAGACAGGAACAAAGUCACGGUGAUCUUCAACCAGGGGCCCAAGCCAGGGAAGGCCACGGAUCUGUCGAGGAUGCGUCAGAUCCUCCUCAAACUCAAGCACAAUCCACCGGCUCACAUGAAGACCGCCCCGCCGCCGCCACCGCCCAAGGCCGCCGAGGGAGGAGACAAAGCCAAGGAAGCCGAGAACAAAGCUCCGCCAGCGGCAUCGCCGCCUCCUCCCGUGGUGGAGGCCGCCGCUUGAUCGCCAUCGCUUCUCUUUUCUUGGAGCUAGCAGUGUUCUUACAAGCUCUUAGCUUGUGUAAAGAUGAUCUCUCAUUGGUUUAUAUCUAAACGAUAGCUUGCUACGAAUCAAACCAAAGUUUCUUCA